AUGGACGAGUGGGUCAUCCUCAGCGACGGCGAGAGCGACACGGCGGCGUGGGUGCUCGACGGCAGCGACGCCGCCUCCGAGGAAAGCGACCGCAGCGACGCCGCCUCCGUCGCUUCAGGGGACCAUGGUGGCGCGCCUUCCGACGGCGUCGAUCGCGCUUCACCACGGCUGAUCAUCUAUUGCGGCCCGGCGGCGGUGGAGCCGCCGCCUCCGGAGUUCAUGGAGGCGGUAAGCUACUCCUACGGCGAGGCGCUCUCCAUCGGAGGCGAGGAGAUCGAGUUGGUCCGCGACGUGGUGGCGUCUGACGUCUGCGCGACAACUGAUAGCAUCUCUGCCGUUGACGUCGCCGACGUGGUUGAGCGCACGGCGGAUGUCGACGAAGGCAGCGGGACCACAGAUCGCGUUGAUGUCGCCGACGUGUUCGAGCACACGAUGCAUGUCGACGAAGGCAACUCAGCCGCCGAUGGCAUCUCCGUUGUUGAAGUGCCACCAGUGGGAGUACCAGCCCCUGCGCCGCCGCCAACUUCCAGUGAAGUCGACGAUGAGCACGCGGACAGAUCGCCUCCGACGCCUACAGCAGCGGUGGCUGCACCGAACUCUACUUCUCCGCUGCCGAGAUUGUCCUUGUCCGUUGUCCCCGUCGACGAGGAUGAGAGCGCACCGAAGGUUACUUCUCCGUCGCCGGCGAGAUUGUCCAGUGAAGUCGACAAGUCCGCGAUCGACGACGGCACGGAGCGCAGAUCUGACGAUGUGCUUACUACUGCAGAAGUGAUCAAAGCCACCGCAAGCGACUCCGCCGGGGAGCACGCGCACGGCGGCCGAAGCUGCAGGUGCGCGCCGUUGGAGCACUGCCGUAACUGCCAUCCCCGCCGGCUGGUGAUUCAGAUGGAAGAAAGAUCACCGCCGGCGAUGAAUCUGAGGCAGGAACUGGCCAUGCUGCAGAGAGAGGCGGCGGUGGCGAACCAGCGGCUCGGCCCGCGCCAGGGCUUAUGGCUGCAGUCCCCUGCUGCCAUCAACGCCGCCCACGAAGCUCGCAUCCGCAGCCAGACUCCCGCUGCCGCCACCAACAACGCCGCUGCCAUCAACGCCGCCUUCGAGGCUCAAACCCAGGCGCCGACCGAUCGUCGCCGUGGCUCGGAGCAGUCCCUUGCUGCUGCCAUCGACGCCGCCCUCGAACCUCGCGGCCAGGCGCCUCCUGCUACCAUCAACGCCGCCGCCCGGCGGGCUCGCACCAAGGCACCUCCUGCUACCAUCAACGACGCCGUCGCCCCGCGAGCUGGCACCAAGGCGCCCGCUGCCACCAUCAAAGCCGCCGCCCCGCGAGCUCGGACGCAAGUGCGGACGUAUCGCCGGCGUGGCGCGGAGGAGCCGGAGCCGAGCGCGGCGGACAUGGAGGACUUCGCCAUAGCCUACCUGUUCUCCUCCUCGUGCAUGAUCCUCUAUACGUUUCUUCUUGCUUUGAAUCUCUACUAG